AUGGACCCAUUCUCCGCCGCCUGCAAGAACUUCGGUCUGGUUAUCAACACGCAGAAGACGGUGGUGAUGCACCAACCGCCACCCAACUCAGUCACAGCCCCCAACUCGCCGCCGCAAAUCAGCGUGAAUGGGACCCAACUGCAAGUGGUGGAGAACUUCCCGUACCUGGGCAGCACCCUCUCCCGGAACACUAAGAUCGAUGACGAAGUCGCCAACAGGAUCUCGAAAGCCAGUCAAGCCUUCGGUCGCCUCCAAAGCACAGUUUGGAAUCGCCACGGUCUUCAACUGAGCACGAAGCUAAAGAUGUACAAGGCCGUCAUCAUGCUGACGUUACUGUACGGAGCAGAGACGUGGACGGUGUACACGAGGCAGGCACGCCGACUGAAUCACUUCCACCUCAGUUGUCUCCGUCGCAUCCUGAGGCUGAACUGGCAGGAUCGCAUCCCCGGCACUGAUGUGCUAGAACGUACGGGAAUGCUCAGCAUUUACUCCAUGCUAAGACAAAUGCAGUUGCGCUGGAGCGGCCACUUGGUGCGCAUGGACGACGAGCGACUACCCAAACGACUCUUCUACGGAGACGACCCGACGGGUUCUCGUCGUCAAUGA